AAGGCAGCGCCGCCACGGGCGAGGUCGAGCUCCGUCGCCGAGCGCCGCCUCUUCGCCAGCGGAGGAGCCGGGCGGCGGCGAGGGAGCGGCCCUGGCCAUGUCCCUGUAUAGGAACUCCGUGUGGUUCGUGAAGGGGCUGCGCCAUUACUGCCGGAGUGGCUAUGAAUCGGCAAGCAAACACUUUGUUCCAGAAGACUUGGAAGUAGAUGUAACUGGAAGGCAUUUCUUGGUCACUGGAGGAAAUAGUGGCAUUGGCAAGGCGGCUGCAAAAGAAAUAGCCAGAAGAGGGGGACUCGUUCAUCUAGUUUGCCGAAACAAAGACAGAGCCGAGGAAGCUAAGAAAGAAAUAACAACAGAAGCUGAUAAUCAGAAUGUUUUUAUCCAUAUUCUGGACAUGUCUGACCCCAAAGGAAUUUGGGAAUUUGCUGAACGGUUCAAGAAUGAACACAGAUUAAACGUCUUGGUCAACAAUGCAGGCUGCAUGGUAAACCAAAGAGAACUAACGAAAGAUGGGCUUGAAAAGAAUUUUGCUACAAAUACUCUGGGUACAUAUAUUUUAACAACAGCCCUUCUACCUCUCUUGGAAAGAGCAGAUGACCCUAGAGUUAUCACUGUCUCCUCAGGAGGAAUGUUAGUUCAGAAACUAGAUGUAUCAAACUUGCAAUCAGAGAAUGUGGCAUUUGAUGGGACAAUGGUCUAUGCGCAGAAUAAGAGACAGCAAGUGGUCAUGACAGAACAGUGGGCUAAAGCACAUCCCAGUGUUCACUUUUCUUCUAUGCAUCCUGGCUGGGCAGAUACACCAGCUGUGAGGUCAUCUAUGCCAGAUUUCUACGAGAAAAUGAAGAAUAGAUUGCGGACGGAGGACCAGGGGGCAGACACGGUGGUAUGGCUUGCAGUCUCCCAUGUAGCAGGCAAGCAAGCAAGCGGGCAGUUCUUCCAAGACCGGCAGCCUGUUCCAACUCACUUACCACUUGCACAGACCAAAUCUUCACCGGGUGAUGAAGAAAAACUGAUGCAGUUUCUGGAAGAGCUCUCACAAAAGUUUAAACCCAGAUAAUCAUUAGAGUCUAGAAGCAUUAACAGUGUGUACUGAACUAGUGACCUCUUGACAAUCUGCAGUUGGAAAGCUAUAAUAUGUGCCAGUGAGUAUAACCCAAUAACAUGCUUUAUUAUAGGGCAGGAAGAAAGGCACUGUUAAAAAUUCAGUGAUUCUGUUUUGACAUGCUUUGCAUCUUGAUAAUUUCCUGCAGCUAGAACUAUAGUUUCUGGAAUGAUGCUAGAAAAAAAGCUGAAAGCAUUUGGGCUGCAAUUUCAUUGAAGCUAGGUUUCAGUCAAGAAAACUGUAGGCAUACUUUAGUUUGCAAAAGAUUUGAUUAUGGAGCACAGAGUAUUAUUUGUAUGCCUACUUGCAUUUCCUUCUUUUCAUGCUGUAACUUCUGUUUAUUACCCAUUUCACAUUUGUUCUUUAAAAAAUCACAAAUACUUGGGGAUGAGAUGCUGCGAUGGUUAGUGCUUGUAUUAUUAACAUUCCAGUGGGAGCACAGUAUCUAUUUUCUAAAAAUCUCUCAAGGUGCUAAUUCUUUUUUAUGUAAUAAUCAUGCAUCAAGAAUGCCCACUGUGCCACAACAAGUAUGAAACAGCCCACCUUCUGGAAUCUCAGAAUUGUGGAGUUGGAAGGGAUCCCAAGGGUCAUCUAGUUUAACUCCCCUGCAGGAAUACUAGAUUAUACACGACAGGUGGCCAUCUAACCUCUGCUUAAAAACCUCUGUAGAAUUGUAAAUUUGCUAGAAUCUAAACGUUUUUGAAAUUGUAUUUUGGUUUGCACUUCUGAAGUUUUCCUGCAAGAAAAAUCUAAUUAAAACCUAAUGUUUGAAAAAGCA